GAGCCGGCGAACGGUUCGCUCUCGGCGCGUUCUUUGCAUCCCGUCCGUCCGUCUGUCCGUUCGUUCGUUCGUUCGUUCGUCUCGUGUUCCACUACGAUCGUCCAUCGUUCUACGAACUCUUCCACAACUGUGUGUGGUCCCUGGCCCCGUCCGCUGAACGUUCUUGCUCCUUGGAACGCGAUAAAAACGGGACGAGCCGUACGAUCGAUACGAAAUAGAAAGGAUCGAGAGCGUGACACCAGGGUUUGCCGAUCGUUUGAGAAUUUCGUCGAUUUUUCGAGAGCGUCACGGUGCACGGUGGUCGACAACAGAAUCGAUCCCCGGAGGGAGAAGGCAACCGCUCGCAGAGGAUACCGUCGGCGCGCUGGCAAACGUGUAACGAGCACGCGGAGAUUUCGACGAGCGGUACGAGGAUGUCGCGCGUCGUGGACCACCCCGACUGUCGUUGUCGUCACCGUGUACCGGUAACGACGAUCUUCGCGGCGAUCUUACGGUGAGAUCGCCGGCCGGUGCGUGUACGUGUUUCUCCAGCGCGAGCUUUUCCGUGUACGAAUAGACUCGAUACUCCAUCGUCUCGGAUUACGAGGAACAGCUCCGAUUCGCGAGGAUAUAUACAUACACGGCCGAGUGUAAUUAUUUACCCAGGUGAACAGGAAGGAAGGAAUCCUUGUAUCCAGCGACAGGUACCAGCGAUCCGUGAAAAGACGUACCGUGAAACAUAGUGUUAUGACCGUCGCGAACGGUUUCGGAGCAGGGACAAGUUCCAGCCGAGUUUGAAAGUGGUGACAAGUUUCUCGAUGGAAAGUGAUUGUUUUUGGAACGAUGGUCCUAGCCGUGACAGCUAGCAGUUCGACGUUCAGUGCAAAGAGAAACGAAGUGUGAUCGAACGAAGAAACAACGAGGGGAGAAGCGGUACAGUAACGGGCGUGUGUACGCAAGCUUCUCUUCGCUUCGCUUCGCGCGACGCCCGUGAGGAGCUGUACGAAUCCCGGAUUAAUGCACGCUGGAAAUCACAGCAUGGAGGACAUAGUGACGGUCGUCAGCACGAGCACGCCAAGCACCAACACGGUUCAUCCUAGCGUAAACGACAUGGACUGGUUCGCCGGUGUGGCCGAGGAGGAACUGCUGUACUACACGGGCGUUGGCAACGAUGUCGAUUCUCUUUGGGCUGUGAUCGGGAGCUUCGUGCCACCGCCGCCUAGGCCACCUUAUUUACCUGAGGAGGCUGUUACCACCGACGGACUCACCACCUGUGAUUUGUGUUCCUGGGCGUGGAGAAACGACAGGCAUUCCUUCUCUCUCGACGGCACUCUCGAAGCUCCUGGAGAACUUGGAUGGGUGCUGACUCUAGUGAUAGUGUCGUUAGUAUCGGCUGGCAUCGGCGCUGUGGUCAUGGUGACGCUUCUUCACUGUCGGAGAUUAAAAAGCACCGGUGGCAGAGCGAGUUGCUGCAGUGUCGGCGUCGAGGAUUCGAACGUCCAGGAGACCGGUGGCCCAGGUAGCGGCGGCGGGGCUGGCAGUGGAGUGGCCGUUAUACCCGACCGGCCACCUCUCGAGCUCGAUAAGCUACCGCCUUAUCACGAUGUCGCUCCUAGUCCUGGGCACAAUGUGUGGUCGUGGUUAGGCUCGCGACGCGGCGGCGGUACACCGGGAGUCGUCACGACGCCUCUGUCGCUUCCGCAACACAGACGAGCCAUGAAUCUCCCGGUGGAGAACCACUACACCCACAUGCAAACGGACGAAGCCCUGUACGCAGAACUGGACUCUCAGGCCGCGAGCUACGCGAGCGAUCUCCAGCUACAAAUGAGAGGAAGCUCGACGUACGGUACAACUUCCGGCGGACAGGACGACGAAUACCACGAACUAGACGCCGCAAGGUUACAUCGUCAUUACGGCGGUAGCAGCGGCGACGGAUCUUUGCAGAGGGACACACUUCGUACGCGUCACAGUAAAAGGUUACAAGAACCGGAUUAUGAGAUGUACGAGAACGGGCCGUCGACACCGGUCCCUCCAGGUCAGAUGCAACAUCAUCAUCACCACCACCACCACCACAAUCAUCACCAUCAUCACCAAGACCUACGGAUCGGCAGUAGAAACGGUGAUCAUCCGUCGUACCAGAACACGGCGUACACCGGAAGCGACGCCGAACCAGACGGGCCAACCUUGAGCAGCGCGCCAAGUAGCGCUUACUACAGCGACCUGAGCUCGAAUUCGGCGAAUCAACAGAUGCCCGCGGCGGCGUCUUCUGGAAGCAACACGAACCUUCAUCUAAACCCGCAGGGCUUGGAAACGCCUCAAUAUCGAUUGGCAGCGAUAAACGAGAGCUCCGUGCCAUCGGACUAUAUUUAGGAUGAAAUUUCUCUUUCUCUUUUUUUCUUUCUUUCUUUCUUUUUUUCCUUGUUGUGGAUUAACAAUAAGCGAGAAGCUCUUAUCGAGACAUUUUUCGGACGAUUGUGUUUCAGUGUCUUCUUUUAUUUGCGUUUUGAUUUCGGUGGUUCGAUCGCCGAGGUUGAAGACUGGAGUUUUUCACGCGACGAUCAGAACUCGGGAGUAUUCGCGUGCCGAGCAACGUGAAAGAGCAAACGAUCGAUUCAACUAUCAGUAUAAAGAUGGAAGAAUAGCUCGUUGACGACGAAAUCCGCGUCUUCAACGGUUUGCGUGAAACGCGCUAGUGCCAUAAAUAUUUUCCACUUACAGUGGCAACUAUAAUACUUCGCGGCAGUCAAUGCCGUCUUUAAGAGCACAUCGACUGUUCCGCUCGGAGAAGAGCGGACUAAUUCUCGCGCUUUGUCAACGAAACUUGCGUAACGAAAUUUUAUACCGCACUUACAAUGCCGUUAUUGUUCUCCUCUCAGGGAAUCAGACCGCCCACGGAAGGAAUGAAUCUGUUAGUUUAUUAACGAUCUAGCGCGUUACGAGCGUUAUUCUUAUUAUCGCAACGUGGCAGUCGGAUUCGCAAGCGUUGCUCGCGGUCUUCGGCGUUCUUCGUCCUAUCGACCAUAUUCGUUGGCGGACGCGAAAUGAAAGGGUCUCCUCGGGAAGGCAAUGAGAGCACGAAGCAACAAACGCACGAAACCGAUUGGAAUGAAGUCGUUUCGAAGAACAGGUGUUUCGUAAUUUGACGUUCGGGGGCUUUCAGUCAGCGCCCUCGGCUACAUCCGCUCUGCUUUUGCAUUUCGAGCGAAUUGCACGGAAUGCUGCACGAUAUCUUUUCUCUCCGAUGUACAACGUUUCGUAAUCCUUCCUUUUUUCUCCUCGCCUUUUUCAAAUAGCUCUCAGAUGCUCUUGAUAAAACGAACGAAUGUUUCCAUCGCGCUCGUUUGCAUCUUUAAUCAUUCAAUCUCUAAAAUGAGACUCUCCGACUAGGAAAUUAUAUUCACAGACGCCGUGAAAAUGAUGAAUGCAAGAUUUUAACUAAUUAAGAUUUGUCUUCCUCUGAUAAUCUUCAUUAUGAAUUUCGCGCGAGACCAGCUUCUAAACGGAAAUUAUAAAUCAUGCGAUAUAGAUAUUUAAAUUCUGCAGCGAAAGGUUGCCCAUCGGAGAACAUGUUUCAACGCGAGGGUGACUGUUUCACGGCAUCGUGCGAUAGUAUUCGUCACUGAAUCGUUAAACAGGAUUCUCCGGCUUCGUCAAGCUUAAUCGUUUAUCUUCGACCCUCGUUCGACGGCAGAAUUAAUUCGUUUCACCCGAUUCGGCAGAACUCGUUUAAUCGACGCCGUCGUGUUCUCUUAAUUACCUUCUCUCGGACAGGCUCGAUUGUUCCUUCGACAGAACACGAACUGAAGGAGACGUUCUGCCUUCGAGAGUCUCCGCCGCGUCCGCGUUUACGUCUUUCAUUUGUAUCUCACCUGCACCCACGGUUUGUCGGCGCACGAUCACCACACAUACUUUCCACGUUCGGCAUCACGUCUUAACCAACGAAGCCAUUUCUUUUUUUCUUUUUUUUUUCAUACGCGCGAAUCUUCGUUAACUUUUAAUUAAUAUGAAGAUCUGAACGAUGACUUGCCGUUCAUUUGAUUCUUUGAAUCGAAGUGAAACGAACUAUUUAAUACUAUUUAAAGAGACAACGUCGUUUUACUUUACUUUACGCGAUGUCGAUCGAUACAAUUUCUGUGCGUACAAGUACUUCGUGCAAGAAAGAUGCUGGAGAAACAGAGAUAACGCAAGCUAAUGCAAGCUAACCGACAGUUGCCGCGUAAACCGGAAGGCGAAAGGUACAUAUCUUUUUCUUCUCUGCGAGCUUAUAAAUUACCGCGGUCAUUCGGUUCGUUGCGUACUGAGGAACGCAACAUUUCGUUGGCCGAAAAAAUCGUUCCGCGACGCCCGGAAUCAUUCACAGCUCCGCCGCUUAACUAUACACACCGAGGAGAACAUGUAGAUGCAACAAUGCACUUCCUCGCGGCCAAGCAAUAAUUAAUUGCUCUCUCGUGGCCACAAUGGCGAUAGGGAGAGCCGGCGAUACCCUGCGCUGGCGCAUUAUUUCGCCGAAAAAAAUCCCACGAACGCGCCGCGCUGUCGGAUGGGUAGGCUCUUAUCGUGGUCGUGUUACGCGAACGGGAACGGUAUUAUGGAAUUCGUUGGUGCCUUCGCUUAAUUAAGGCCCGCUUCCCUCCGCGCAGAAUCUUCCGCAUUUAAGCGACGAGCUUGUAUCGGUCAGACUCGCGAGCGAUUCACCAACGAAUUUUUCUCUUCUGGCUCAAGGAAUACUUGGUGGCAGUAUCUCCAAAAAAAAAAAAAAAAAGACGUAAAAAUGAUAAAUGAAUCGAGAUGUAAAUGUGGCGACAUGUUCUUUUUUUAAUUAAAAAAAAUUGACCGCGAAGAUUAAAUAUGUUGGGCAAGAAAGACUAAGAGAGUUUGUGCUCAAGCUCAAAAAUAUCAGGAUUGAAUUUUUCAUUCUUAACUUUGUCUAAUUCAAAUGCGAAUUUAUACAGUCGUGUUUACUUUUACCUAGUUUUUUUUUACGUAAUUGCACGCACGCAGGAAAUCUCGCUUCCCGCUAUUAUGAUAUUCCGAGAAGUCCUCAAACCGAACGAAUACUCAUCCAUCAACUAUUCCAGAUUCUAAAAUCCUAAAACGCUUUCUCGAAAAUCGGCAGCGCGGCAGGAUCGUGGGAAUUUACCUCGUUGUAUUCCCGCGAAAUUCUCGAUCGAUCGUGAACGGCGUGUGUAAUGGGCGAUACAUAGAGCGUGGUGCAACGCACGCCGAGGAUGCGUCGGAAGGAGUACGGGGCCGUAAGGACGUUCGGACCCGCCCUGGCUGGGCACACACCACCUUCGCCCCUGCUACGGGAUAUAUAAAUUAUACAUGUAAAUAUACGGGCGGUCGGGCCGAGAAAGAUCGAACCGUGAGAUAUCGAGAUAUGUGUUGGCGACCCGCACACCUCGCCUCCUCCUUUCACCACUUUUUGCUCGUUUUCGCGUUCCCUCUCGCUACGAAGGGUUACGCCAGCGCGCACGCAUAAACUCACGCAUCUACGUGCCUAUGGCGAAUACCUUUGUCGCCGCUGCCACCGAAACGUCCCUUAUCCCCGCGUGCACGCAUACCGCUCCCGCUAAUUCCUAUACAUUUUUCGAAUUACCGGUGAAAUCGCGGCAAACCUGAGCGUUCCUCGUUACUCGCGGCGUUCCCACAACCGGAAAAAUGCUUCGUGGAAUGAAAUCCCAUGCGCCGCUGAAUUGUUCGCCGGCUGCUUUUGGCGCAUCGCGUGCCCUCCUCUUGAAAUUUUAUUCGCUGAAAGCCCCGCCGACAAUUUCGUCACGAACGAACCGUCACGACGAAUCUGCGAAUAAAGUUCCUUGAACGAGGAAACAUAGCGUGACUUUUUAUCUGUUACUGAUGAUCGAAAUAGGAAGUCGUUUGUACAUCUACGGUUGGAUUCCAUUUGUAUCAAUGAAAUUUCAUUUAUCAGUUUGUGGAAUUUAUACAAUAAUCCACUGAUCAAUUGCGAUAUUUCGUGUUCACAUGAUAGAAUUUCACGUUUAGACGAAUGAAUUCAGUCGGCUGGAGUUCACUUAAUCGAAAACUAAGCAAAAUUUCGUACAAACGGAGUUCUUUUCCAAGAGAAUGCUAUAGAAUCAGAAAGUGUCGCAAAAAUAGAAAGAAAAAAUUCCGUUCUGUCGUUUAUGCAAUGUCCUCGGUGUGUUAGCAUAUAUGUGGCGCAACACGGUGUGUUGAAAUUCCUAUUGCGUAAACUGUUACAGAUCUUAUUGCGUAGACCGUUACCGAUCGAUUAAAAUCAAAUGCAUCAUUACGAAAUGGACAGGAAACGUAUGAUUUAUCUUAAAUAUACAAUUUCAAUCACGACGCUUCUUAAAGUGCUAAUCGCGGAAAACGAAGGACUGCGGUUGUCCGAUAUCAGCAUGAUAAUUAUGGUGAAAAGAGCAAAAUUAAGUUUUUAUUGCAACCACGACAACGUUCCUGACACAAAUCCACGAUUGACUAACGAAUCUGUAUUUUCUAUGUGAUGUGAUGCUUCUUGCCCCUAAUUUUUGUAACUAUAGAACGAGUGUAAGAUGUAAUAUAGUGAUUUAGCGAAGUCUAAUGGGAGAAAUAAUGUAUAAAAGUGUAUGUGUGAAAUUGUAAAAAUAAGAAAGUUUAUAAGUUAGUAAUUAACUUUCAUCUGAUUAUUGACAUGACACGGUACUAAAAAUGAAUUGUCAUAUAAUUUGCAAUUAAAUCCAAUAAUUAAUUUUAUGUUAUUAUUUACAAUCAUGUACCACAAACAGGGAUAUAUACUUUAAAAUUCCUGAAAAGAUUAAAAAUAUUUUCUUCAUUUCUUAUAAAAGCUGUCGUCUGAAAAUAUCGAAUUAUUAUCUUAAAUGUUUGACAAUUCUACGGUACAACAAAGUACUAAGUUUCCAUCUGUAACUGCUGACAUGAUUUGUAUAUAACAUUGCAACUUGUAAAGAAAUGUAUAUAAUCGUAAAAUACUUGUGUACAUGAAUGAACUCAUUCUGUAUGCAAUUAAGUCAAUUAUUGUGACCAAUUUUUAAAGGCAUUGCACUUUUUGUAUGUAAGAAAUUGUACAGUAAAUAAAGAUAAAAAUUUCAUAUCUAUAAACAA